CCUAUGAGAACUGCUCGACGGGAUAUAUAAAACCUGUGUUUCCCAGACUUUGAGCCUUCUGUACUUCUCCCAUCAACAUCAUCAUUCCGUCUCUAAAACUCAUCCAAACUCGAGUUUCGUCUUUUUGAGAUAGAUGGUUAUUCGUUUUCUUUGCUGCACUUCAUGGACAAAGUCGCUAUGGACCACGAGACCUUAGAUAGGGACAUGACUCGUUCCGAAGCUUUGACAGCCCGUGUGGAGUCAAAGCUAGAAGAGAAGGGACACACAGACGCCGUGAAGACAUUCAGAACGGCACUGCAAGACUUCAUGACCGAAAUCGUCCCGCUUGCAGAAACUCAGACUAUCCUAGAGACGACAAUUGAGCUCACAGAAGACAAAUCGGUCAGGACCGAGUUCGCCGCUUUUCUAGAUGCACCACUCGACACCCCGGAGCAGCAGGCCACUGCGCGCGCUGCCCUUUGCCAGAUCAGUGGAAUUGAGUUUACAAUGCCAUGGCCAAAGAAUCACAAGGUUGUAGUAGAACUGCUUCGGAAAAUCCCUGAGACUGCUGGAAAACAUUGGGGUCCAGCAGGACGAGAAAACUUUCGCUCCUUUGUACGCAUGUUUUCGAGCACUGCAGAGAGGUCUCCGGCCGAAGAGACGAAAAGACGGAAAGACCUCCUUGAAAUGGCAGAGCCUGUGAGUGAUCUGCAGGAAAUGCUCUUGAAGUUGUGGCAUGCGCAGGACAACCCAGUAUGGUGAAGGUGGCGAUCACUUCAUCGAGUCUUGUCCGAUGCGAAGUGCAAUAAUGCUUUUAUUUGUUUUUUCAUAGUUUCUUGAUAUCUCAACAAUAAAGGUAUUCCACGCGCUUCUGUCGGCUCUCUAUUGUAAUGCCCGACUUGUAAUCUCGUUAGCAUAGCAUUACGCCUAACGCUUUCGCUCUGUUACGUCCCGGAGCCUCCGGCCGCGUCGAGCGGGUUGAAGCGGGGCGUGUCACUUUUACGAGGUUCUGAAAAUUUUGUAACUCUCAGAUAUAAGCGAUGGCAUACAAUUGGGUUGAAUGAAUUGUAUUGAUUGAUGUGUUGAUGUAUGUGCCAUAUGGUAUUGGUCGGUCGUUCGUAUUCAGCUAUAGGUAGCCGCCUAGCUCUGUCUAUCUGUCGUUUGAGUUACACACAAUCGGGGUAUUGUGUAGCCCACACGUACGCUACCGCCUCAUAGAGGUAAGGAGCACAAUCUAAUAGCGUAAUAUCACUUGCACCCUUCAUCAGAUGCUAAUGGAGUUAAACUGUCUCGAUUAGUCUAGUGGUGAAGAUACCUGCUUGUCAAUGUCUGUGAGGUGUUCAGCCCCGACCUCUGACGACACUGAAAGUCUUUCAUGUUUGGGCUGAGCACCACACAAGCCCGCAGGUGGCCGGGGUUCGAUUCCCCGAUCGAGAGAGGUUAUUUUUGCCCAUAUAUCAAAUUCAUUAAUAAUCGC